AGAGCCGAUUUCAAGCGUCAGUUCUUCGAGCGGAAACCUUCGAGCACACAACAACUGCGGUUAUCCUGCUACAUACAGACAAUAUUACCGUUACCGCGGUCACCAUGAAAUUCUCGAAAGUGGCUUGCGUCGUCGUUUUGGCUCUUAUUGCUCACUGUGUCGCUACCAAUGACUCCGAGGACAAUGUCAAACAAAAUAACAAGAGGAGCCUUCCUUCCGCUUUCUCCAUUUCGGGUACAGGAUACGGUGCUGGAAUUCCGUCCUAUUCCCCUGGCAUCGGUCUCGCCUCCUCCGCUGUUCCAGCAGUCGGAUACCCCGCUUCAGUUGGUAUAGGAUACUCCGCUCCGUCACCCUUCGGAUACGCUUCAUCGGUCGGUUAUGGAAUCGCCGCUCCAGCUGGUUACGGGUACGCAGCUCCCUCCGCCCUUAGAAUUUCUGUUCCCGCUGGCCUUGGAUACGCUCCCUCAGCUGGUUACGGCUUCGCCGCUUCUGCUGGUUACGGUAUCGCCGCUCCUACUGGUUACGGUAUCCCGAACAAUGUGCCAACCAGAGUCAUCACGUCCAACCGUGUUGUAUCUGUAUCCGUACCACAACCGUACCCCGUCCACGUGACUCGCCACGUACCAGUACCAGUCGCACAACCGGUUCCCGUAUCCGUGCCCAGAGCCGUUCCGGUCAGCGUGCCCCACCCGGUGCCAGUCGCGGUUAACAGACCGUAUCCGGUAGACGUUCCGAGAGCAGUCCCUGUCAACGUACCCUUCCCGGUUCCAGUUGCUGUAAGGAGACCAGUACCAUACCCGGUACCACAGCCUUACCCAGUGGAAGUCCAACAACCAGUGCCAUACUCCGUCCCGACCCCCGUCAUCGCUCCAGUUUCCAGGCCAAUCAUCGCUACCUCUGUUCCGUACGCCAUUUCUGCUUCAGCCCCGGCCGUCAACUUUGGCGCUCCUGCUUACGCAUCGGGAUCCUACGCCUUAUCAUCAGCUAACAUCGCUUUGAAUGCUCCAUCAUAUGCAUCCACUUCAUAUGGUGUCGGCGUUCCAUCAUACUCGUCCGCUUCAUAUGGUGUCGGCGUCCCAUCAUACUCGUCUGCUUCAUACGGAGCUGCCGCUCCAUCAUACUCGUCCGCUUCAUACGGCGCAGUUGCUCCAUCAUACUCGUCCGAGUCGUACAGCAACGCCUAUCCAUCUUAUUCAGCAACGUCAUACGGCUCAUCUUCCACGAGUGCAUCUGAUUACUCAAGCGUAUCGUCUAGCAGUGGACACAGCGAUGGUCCUUCUUACGGAACUUCGUCAAAAACCUACAGCGAGUAUAAGAAGUAAUUAGAUGUAAAUAAUUAGAUAGUGAUUAGAUAGCAUAGACUGUGUGUAUUUGUUAAAUAUAUGUAACUAUAUUUUAUUUGAAUUAAGCACUCGCUACCUACCAUUGGUAAUAAUUUCAAUCUCAAAAUCGUUCGCUAUGGUAGUAAGCAAAUAUUGCCUAUUUGUUUAUGUUGUUAUUUUUUUAUGUCGUAUUAAAAUUAAACAUUAUACUUGAAAAACAA